UUCACCAUGGUCGAGUAUAGUCUGGGUGGGAAACGAUUGCACACAGUUCUCUGCGCUGGAUUAUACAGAUGCGUGCGCUUUGCUCUAUCUGCUCACAUCUCAAGCUGAAAUGUUGCUCCUCGUGUCUCUUAUCGCUUUGUGCUGUAACCACGCAGCUUUUGCAGAAAACGAGUAUGAAGCUGAUCUUUCCGAGGAUGUCGAGCUUGAGGAUGAUCUAAUUGCAGAAUUAGACUUGGGCACGGCACCACGCAGAGUCCCUCGGCAGGUGAAAACAUUUUUAAGGAGGGAAACUAAGCCACACAUACAGGAGCUCUCUGUGUCAACCACCAUCAUCUCCCGCUAUGCUUUCACUGCCGUGUCCUGCACCAUGUUAAACAGACACAGCGCAGCAUCUGAGGCAGUUUUCAUGUUUCACAUCCCAGCAGCUGCCUACAUCUCCAACUUUACAAUGAUUGUGGGAGGGAGAGUCUUCCCCAGCCAGAUCAAGGCAAAGGAAAAGAAACUGAAAAAGGACAGGAAGGAGAACAAUGGCACGCCAAAGAACAAGGACUCAGCAGAGCACAGUGAGGGUGAGAUGGAGUUGUUUCGCAUGUCUGUGAAAAUCCCUGGUCGAAACCGUGCCAUCUUUCUUCUGACGUAUGAAGAGCUGCUGCAGAGACGACUGGGUUUUUACCAGCAUAUGACAAGUGUUAGGCCCAUGCAGCUGGUCAGCAAGCUCAAUGUGACCAUUACCAUCAUAGAGCACUCUCGCAUCAAGCACCUCGAGGUUCUCCCUUUGCGCAGAAGCAAAACAACUGGCUCCAGGAACAACAGCAAGACAGAUGGUAACGUGGGUCUGCCACCUUCCACAGUGGUCCGACAGAAUGAGACAUUCUGCAAGAUCACUUUUAACCCUAACAUCGUUCAGCAGGUCAGGAUCGCCAACAAUGGCAUGCUAGGAGAUUUUAUUGUGCGCUAUGACGUGGAGAGAGAGUUGGGAAUCGGUGACAUUCAGGUGCUGGAUGGACACUUUGUGCAUUACUUCGCCCCCAAAGACUUGCCUGUUGUACCCAAGAAUGUUGUAUUUGUGAUUGACACCAGUGCCUCCAUGCUGGGGACCAAAAUGAAACAGACUAAAGAAGCUCUGUUCACUAUCCUGGGUGACUUGCGUCCGAAUGAUCACUUUAAUUUCGUCAGUUUCUCCAACCGUGUGCGAGUGUGGCAGCCAGGCAAGCUGGUGCCUGUUACACCAAACAGUGUUCGUGAUGCCAAGAAGUUCAUCUACAUGAUCUCACCCACUGGAGGCACAGACAUUAACAGUGCCCUACAAGCCGGCUCGUCACUGCUCAGAGACUACCUGUCACAAAAGGAGGAGUCAAAUCACAACAGAGUGUCACUCAUUAUCUUCCUGACUGAUGGACGGCCCACAGUGGGAGUGGUCCAGACGCCACUCAUUCUGGGAAACGCAAAGGCAGCCGUGCAGGAGAAGUUCUGCAUUUUUACUAUCGGGAUGGGCAACGAUGUUGACUAUAAACUCCUGGAUCGCAUGGCGCUGGAGAACUGUGGCACAAUGAGAAGAAUUCCAGAAGAUGCUGAUGCUAACACCAUGCUGAAAGGAUUCUAUGCAGAAAUCGGCACCCCUCUGCUCUCGGAUAUUCAUGUCGAAUAUUCAAACGAUGCUGUUGAGUACGUCACACAGAACCUCUUCCCCAAUUAUUUCAAUGGCUCUGAGAUCGUUGUAGCUGGAAAGCUGACCAAUCGUAGCUCGGAUUCCCUUCACGUGCAGGUGAAAGCCAUCAACAGCGAGCGCAGCCUUGUAAUUGAGAAGGACAUCUCUCUGAGCGAGCAAGAGCAUGAAACAAAGCGGCGUGUUGAGGAGGCCGAUGCUGGUGCAAAUGCGGAUGGCUACGUCGAGCGCCUCUGGGGCUUUCUGAGUGUGAAAGAUGGACUGAAUGGUCGCUUACGCAGCCAAACAAGCUCUGAAAGAGAGAACUUCACUCAACGGGCCACCGAACUCGCGCUUUCUUACAACUUCCUCACACCAUUAACACAAAUGAAGGUGGAGACACCACAAGUGCUCGCUGAUGGAACCAUAGCAGACACUGAGCCUACAGAAACCCCAUCUGUACACUCAGAUUUGGCCAAUCAGUUAGCAGAGGAGGAGCCGAUGGGAGAAACACCCCAAAGCCUGCACAGGAAUAAGGAACAACCAGCAACAGUGGCCACAGCUGGCAAAGCCACAAACGGACUUAAAAGACCGGCCAAAAAGUCUGUCACUCUAUCCAAAACAUCAGCGGAUGGAGAUCCUCACUUUGUGGUUGACUUCCCAAUGAGUAAACUUGCCGUCUGUUUUAACAUUAAUGGAGAGCCUGGGGACGUCCUCCGCUUAGUAACCGACCACAAACACUCUGGUGUAACUGUAAAUGGGAAGCUGAUUGGUGCUCCAGCACCUCCUGGCAGUCAUAAGCAGCAGCGAACAUAUUUUAGUUCCAUCAUUAUUGUUGUUGACAAGCCGAGGCGCUUGUACAUCGAGGUGACUUCACGUAAAGUUAUCAUGGACGGCCUUGAUCGCCUCAUCCUUCCGUGCAGUUCCAGUGCUGCGGUGGAAAACAAACACUUCUCAGUGGCUAUAGCUGCUAAUGCCAAUGUCACGGUAACCAUUCAGGGAACAAUCCAGUUCAUCAUCUUGAUGCAUAUUUAUAAAAACCCAGCCCCUUACCAGCGAGAUCAUCUGGGCUUCUACAUAGCCGACAGCAAGGGACUUAGCAAGGAUACACACGGACUGUUAGGUCAGUUUAUCUAUGAAGAAGUCACACUAAUACAGCUUCCUGGAAACAUCACUGCAGCAACAGGAAAUUACCCACAAGAAAUGAGCAUUACCCAGGGUAACCGUGAGGCAGGUCACAUGGCCCUGAGGGUGAAGGAGCGCACUGUGGAUGUGGUAAAGAAGAGCAGACAUAUUUAUUCUGGGACACAAACCGUCCACUGCUGGUUUGCCAGGAAUAAUGCUGCUAAUCUGAUUGAUGGACAAUACAAGGAUUAUGUAGUGGCUCACAUGUUUGACACGGAGGACUGGGCUCAUGGAACAAAUGCACACUGAGACACACACACGCACACACACACACAAUCACAGAAUAGCACAAUCAGGUAUUGAUGCACAAAAACACAGGAAAAAGCCAAACCUCUUUACCACAGGUCUUUAAAAAAUUCUAUAUUCAGUGUAGUGUGCAUUAUAUCUGAAUAAUAUUGGCUCUUUAUACUACUGCAUAACUAAACUCUUUAUAAAUAUUUUACAUUUUUGUACUUUGUUUUAAAAUUUAUUUGUUUUUUGUGUGUGUUUCUAAUUGUUUUAAAAAUUUUAUUCUGAUAAUGGGAUUUUAAUUAUAACAUUAUAGAAGCUAAAUAAAACUAUUUAGCUUUUUCAGAAGAACCACAUUUGAACAGUUAUACAUAGAAAGGCAACUAUAAUAGUGUUUAACUAUGACAAUGUUUAUAUUAUGUUUACAAUAAAAAUUAGACUAAUAUGAAUUUAAUAGUUGCUUUCACAGCCCUUUUAAACUUGCUAUGUAGGAAUUUUAAAAGUUCACUUUCCUCAAGCAGAUAGACUAGUGGUGUAAUGCAAUGCCAGUGACUGUAGCUGAAUCUACAUAGACAUCUAUCCAUAUCUAUUUAUAUCUAUACAAAUCAGAUAUGGACAUGGACUCUAAAAAAACAGGAAAAAUUAGUUUUCAUUCACAAAUUAUCCACCAACAAUAGAACUUUGCUCAACAUAGUGCAUCUCCUGAAUCGCUCGAUCCAACUUAUCCUAUUAUUUUGCAUUUAUUUUAUUUAUUUAUUGUUUGCACACCAAAGUUACUUGUGCUCACAACUUUAUAAAGCUAUGAAAAUCUGUUCAUGGGAUUUAAGCUAUUUUAUUGCUCUUUUUAAUUCUAUAUUAAGUUGCCAUCUUGCUUAUUCAUUGUUAAUUAACUGUUGUUACUUGACAUAAGUAUUGUCUCCACUGAUAUUCUCUGUGCUGUGUGUGGACAAAACUAUUAAUUAAUGAAUUUAUAUUGGACUAUUUAUUUAUUUAAUUUUAGCCUUAAAUAGCUCAAUAGUUUUAUUAUAUAGUAUAAUUCUAUCGUUUCUUGGGUAUAUUUACAGUCAAAAACUUAUAUCUCAUUAUAUAUCUCAUAUUAUGGGUACAUCAAACUUAAUGCUGCUCCUCAAACAAGCUGAUAUUACACAAGAAAAGAAUGAUUUAAGCUCAAGAUUAGAAUCGCCUCUAACUGAGACAUGCCUCACAUUUAGGCAAAUUCUGCCACGUCUGAGAUCUAAAUACUAAUAUGUGCCAUUUCUGUAUUAACUCCUCACUAUGUGUGCUUGCUAUGAGGGUCUCAACCUCAGUGUACUGGCCUCAUGUCGCAAUUCAGGGUCUCAGUGAUAGUUGCUAUCUGUAUUUUGGACAAUGCAGCUUUUGUAUAAUAUAAUACUAUAAUACUAUAUUUUGGGUCCUCAAAAUUUGGGGACAGUUUAAGCAAAUAUUGACAAAAUACGAUAUGAUAAAAACUGUUCAGAGACUCUCUCUGCUCACUACAACACCAUUAGGAUGAUGAGUAGGCUGAUUAGGUUCUCAAAUGUUAAAUAAUGAUUCUCAAUGAUUUAUCAGGUUUUUCAUUUUUAAACUGCUGUUACAAUGAAAGUGACUGAAAACAAGUCCAAUGUAAAUUAUAGACAAUCUUGCAGGCCUUCUGUGUGGUGGAAUUUACAUUACAAAUAUUUGAGUUUAGGGGCACAAUAGCUUGGUGGUUAGUACAAAUACCUUGGGGUUUGUUUCCUGCCUCUGCCGUGUGUGUGUUUGUGUGUGUGUGUGUUCUCCCCAUGCUUUAGGGGUUUCCUCAUGGCUUUUCUUUCCCAGUCCAAAUACAUGUACUGUCGGCUGACUGGCAUCUUUAAAUUGUCCAUAGUAUGUGAGAAUGUCUCAUGGGAUAGAGUGCAGGUUGCCUGUGACCCAGCUGGAUUAGUGGUGUAGAGAAUGGUGGAUAUUUGAAUUCGCUCCUCUGCCGCAUUUUCCUAUAGUUUAUAAAUGACAUUCUUGAACUUUUCAAUUUAUCUAGCAAAAAAAUACCUAUUUUUCCAGUAAUGCAUUGGCUUUUCUUCCUACGUAAACCCUCCUGAUAAUUUCCAGGGAGUUUGAUAGUUUUUCUGCUACAUCAGUCAGUCAUUGUAACAUUUUAACACGUUUUCACAAAUAACUCCUCCUGAUCAUUUCCCUUAGAAUUCCCGUGUAAGAGGAUGUGUUAAAACAGACUGUACUUUAAAUAUAAACUUCCAUAGUCACAAUUUAAAAGUAUGGUUCUAUGCUUGAAAAUGAUUUCCAGUCAGGUUGGUUCUAAACGGAAACAAAUACAAAUGCCAGAGAAGUUCACAAAGCAUCUGGAGAAUAGAGCUGAACAAUUUAGCAUGAUCAGCAGGUUUUUAUAAACAAGCAUGUAGAUCAGAAGCUUGAAGGACAAAGACCUUUCAUUUAUUUAUCCUUAGUACUACUGGUCUGGUGCCUGACUGUCAUUUAUUAGAAAUGAUAUUGAUCACAUAAGAAUCAUGUGUUGAGCUCACCUAAUCUUUAGACACUAAUCUUUUUAACUUUACAUGAAGCUACUGAGACCAGCUAUGAGUUGGAGUGAUAUAGGGGAAACUGAGAAAAUACUUGUACUUGUAUACUGCCAUAUGUCUCUAUAGUCUAGCUAUAGACUGCACUUAUUGUUGCACAUAUGGAAGAUGCUUUGCUUUAUACUCGUAAGUUUUCAACAGAGUAAUAUAGAAUAUUGAGAAAAUACAGUGAUCCACAUAAGCUAAGUCAGAUGUACAGAUUUCCACCAACAGCACAAUAACUGAACCUUAAAUUGCAUUAAUAAUAAUGUUACUCCACUAAUCUGGAGUAACGUGAUCUAAUCUUUAGCUCCCACUAUGGAGCAUUUCAAGAUAAUAAAUAUACAGUAUAUGGAACAUUUCAUGUAAUAGCUUUGUCAUCAUUCUUGAACUUGUAUUUUUUGGGAAACAAUAAAUAAAUCUAGCUGAAAAUGA